AGUUGCUAAGGGAAAAAAUUCAUUUAUUAAGUAAAGAGUGAAGAAAGAGAGAGAAGCUCUUUUCUUUGUUGAUAUGGCAGAAGUAGGAGGUGCACAAGUGAAAUCAAUAUUCAUAUACCCAGUGAAAUCAUGCCGUGGUAUUUCAGUUUCUGAAGCUACCCUUUCUUCUACUGGAUUUCGAUGGGAUCGGCAGUGGAUAGUUGUAAACUCCAAAGGCAGAGCGUGUACUCAAAGAGUAGAGCCAUCCCUUGCUCUAGUUGAGGUUGAACUUCCAAAGGAGGCAUUAUUAGAGGGUUGGGAACCCAAUCCAAGCUCAUAUUUAGUGAUAAAGGCCCCUGGUAUGGAUGUGCUUAAAGUCCCACUGGUUGAGCCAUCUGAAGUAGCAAAUGGUGUCUCAGUGUGGGAAUGGUCUGGCUCUGCUUUGGAUGAAGGAGAUGAAGCAUCGAGGUGGUUCUCCAAAUAUCUAGGGAAACCUAGUCGCCUCGUUCGUUUCAAUGAAGUAUCAGAGUCUAGACCUACCGACCCUAAUUAUGCCCCUGGGUACAAAAUUAAAUUUAAUGAUGUGUAUCCCUUCCUCCUUAUCUCCCAGAAAUCACUGGAUACAUUAAAUGAACAACUCAAGGAGCCUGUGUCAAUUAACCGCUUUAGACCAAACAUCCUCGUUGAUGGAUCUGAGCCAUUUUGUGAAGAUUUAUGGAAGGAUAUCAAGAUAGGCGAAAAUACAUUCCAUAGCACGGAGUUAUGUUAUCGCUGCAAGGUUCCCACAAUCAAUCAAGAAACUGCAGAAGCAGGUUCCGAGCCAAGUGAAACACUCAUGAAGUUUCGUUCAGAUAAGAUCUUAAAAACAAAUAAGAAACCGCAAGGACGAAUUUACUUUGGUCAGAAUUUAGUGUGCGUAGAUUCCCUUGCUCAAGAGAAGAGAAAGACCAUCAAAGUGGGAGAUCCCGUUUAUGUCAUCAAGAUGGUCUCGUCCUAUAUUGAUGUAUCUGUUUGAGACUACUAUAUGCAGUCAUUGGCUUUGAGGAGACUUUGAGAAUAGACAAAGCAUGAUAUAAUAACAAGCACUUGACAAGAGACUAAAAGAGGAGUUGGAAACUAUAUAAGAGCAAGAUUUGUGAAUUCUUUAUAUUGAUGAUUGUUACAAAUAUGAGAUAAAGAAAUGUAUGUGAAUGUUAUAACUACAACAAAUAAUUGUGUGCUUGCAUUUAUUGUGAUAGAUCUUUCCUUUACUUCUAUGUCGUGCACUUUUUGAGUGAGUUGUGGACUCUUGGUCUUCUUGUUCAUGGUGCAAUGUAUUGGGGUGAACUUGACUCCUCAACUUCUUCA